AUGAGAGCAAAUCAACUCCUUCUGGCCUUGGCCUACACUGGCGCUAUCGCUACCCCCCUUCCACAGGACACUGGUUCUGCAGACUGCAAGGCCGAGCCUCUCAACCAAGACACAUGGAAGAAGCUCGACAUCGAGAACUUCCUUGCUGAUUGGACGACCUUCAACGUCAGCAAGGUUCAAAGUAACGCUGUCCAAAACUUUGCUAAUUCUUUCGGUGCACCCAACUUCUUCUGCGGUCUCGACAGCUUCUGCAAUGCCG